AUGCCAGCCACCCCAGAGAUAUUCGACAUCGGCCAAGAAGCCCUUAGACAAUGGCGUCUCAACAAACUCUACGUCCAUCGCACACCUCUCAUCCCAUCUAAAGUCAAAAAUAUAAAGUAUGGUUCAAAACUCUGGUUGAAACUCGAUCACAUUCAGUUCACUGGUUCUUACCACUUCCGAGGCGCCAUAGCACGAAUGAAGGACAAUCCUACCAAAAAGCCAUUCGUGACAGCGUCGACGGGGAAUCAUGCCAUGGGCGCUGCUCUUGCGGCGCAUGCGUUAGGAACGAAAGUCACUAUUGUUAUGCCAAUGGGUGUUGAGAGACAUCUGCUUGACAAGGUGAUGCAGUACGGUCCUAAGAUUAUACAGCGUGGGCAUGAUCUCAAUGAAGCGAGAGCAUAUGCAAAAGACCUUGCUGAAAUGUCAGAGCAUAUAUAUUUCUCACCCUGCGAUGAUGUGAUGGUCCUCGCAGGUCUAGGCACCGUCUGCGUUGAAGUCCUCCAGCAAUUUGAAUUCUACCAGAAGGAUAUCCACAAUAUCUUCGCCCCCAUGAGUGACAUCGCACUCAUAAGCGCCAUAGGCUGCUUCGCCACAGAUGCAAAAAGGCAAGCUGGCGAAUUAAGGCCCAAAGUCAAAGUCUGGGGUGUCACAGCUCUAAACUCAAUGACACUGGCUGGUUCAUUAUCUGCUGGAUUUCCCAUCGAGACUGAAAACUCGCCAACGAUUGCUGCGUCUGAAUUUGAGAAUGAUGUUAUACGGCAUGGGAUUGACUUUCGGUCGGCGAGAGCGACGGUUAAUCAUGUUGUUACGUGUACGGAGGCGGAGAUUCUGGUGGCGUUGAGACAGCUUCAUUUGCAGGAGAGGCAGUAUGUUGAUGGGUUUUCGGCAUUGGCGCUCGCGGGGUUUCACAAGGUUGCUGAUAAGGUGAAGCAUGAGAUUAGUACUGUCAUCUUGUGUAGUGGGAACUAUGAUAGGGAUAAGAUGGCGAAGCUGGUUUAUGGUACGUGA